AGGGAGAGAGAGAGAGAGAGAGAGAGAGAGAGAGAGAGAAGACGCCAUUAGAGAGAGACAUCGAAGAAUCAGAGCAGAUCUAGUUUUUGUAGGUGACGAACUCACAACUCUGCUAUUUCUUCACUACAUUGAUUCUCUAUUCCUCGCCGCCGAUCAAAAUGGCUGGUCGUCACGAGAAGGAGAAGGGGGUAAAUGUUCAGGUUCUUCUACGAUGCAGGCCUUUUAGCGAUGAAGAACUAAGAAGUAACGCACCGCAAGUCGUCACUUGCAAUGACUUUUCUAGAGAGGUGACGGUGUCUCAAAAUAUUGCCGGAAAGCAUUUUGAUAGGGUUUUUACUUUCGAUAAGGUUUUCGGUCCUUCUGCUAAGCAGAGAGACCUUUACGAGCAAGCAGUAGUUCCCAUAGUCAAUGAAGUGUUAGAAGGCUUCAAUUGUACAAUUUUUGCGUAUGGCCAAACUGGUACAGGGAAAACCUACACAAUGGAAGGGGAAUGCAAAAGAUCAAAGCAGAGUGGUCCAAAUGGAGAGUUGCCUCCGGAAGCAGGAGUUAUACCUAGAACCGUGAAGCAGAUUUUUGACACUCUAGAGGGCCAGUGUGCAGAGUACAGCGUGAAGGUUACUUUCUUGGAGUUGUACAAUGAGGAGAUUACGGAUUUACUUGCUCCAGAGGAGAUUACAAAAGUUGCUUUGGAGGAGAAGCAGAAAAAGCAACUACCCUUAAUGGAGGAUGGCAAAGGGGGUGUUCUUGUGAGAGGUCUAGAGGAGGAAAUUGUUACUAGUGCCAGUGAAAUUUUUACCUUACUUGAACGAGGAUCGGCAAAACGUCGCACUGCAGAAACAUUGUUAAAUAAGCAAUCAAGUCGGUCACAUUCUCUCUUUUCCAUAACAAUACACAUUAAGGAAGCAACACCAGAAGGUGAAGAACUGAUUAAAUGUGGCAAGCUGAAUUUGGUGGAUCUGGCUGGAUCAGAAAACAUAUCUCGUUCUGGUGCCCGAGAGGGUCGUGCUAGAGAAGCCGGGGAGAUCAAUAAAAGUUUAUUAACAUUGGGGCGAGUGAUCAAUGCUCUAGUAGAGCAUCUUGGGCAUAUCCCAUAUAGGGAUAGCAAGCUCACACGGUUGCUCAGAGAUUCACUUGGAGGAAGAACCAAGACUUGCAUAAUUGCCACAGUGUCUCCAGCUGUUCAUUGUCUUGAAGAAACAUUGAGUACGCUAGAUUAUGCCCACAGGGCCAAAAAUAUUAAGAAUAAGCCAGAGGUAAAUCAAAAAAUGAUGAAAUCUACCCUUAUCAAGGAUCUCUAUGGUGAAAUUGACCGUUUGAAGGCAGAGGUUUAUGCCGCUCGUGAAAAGAAUGGUGUUUAUAUCCCAAAGGAACGAUACCAACAAGAGGAGAGUGAGAGAAAGGCAAUGGCCGACCAGAUUGAGCAAAUGGGAGUGACAAUUGAAACUUAUCAGAAGCAAUUAGAGGAAUUACAAGACAAAAAUAAUAUUCAAGCAGCACAUUGCUCGGAUUUGAGCAAAAAACUUGAUUCUACGGAGAAAACUCUAUGUCAAACGCAAAAGUUGCUUAUGAACGCUGAGGAAGAGUUGAAGAAAUGUAAUUAUUUUUUGAAGGAAAAAGAUUUUAUUAUUUCUGAGCAGAGAAAAGCAGAGAAUGCUUUGGCUCAUCAAGCAUGCGUUCUUCGCUCGGAUCUGGAGAAGGCUCUUCAAGAUAAUGCUUCAUUGUUUAUGAAAAUUGGUAGAGAGGAUAAGCUAAAUACAGAGAAUCGAGCAGUAGUUGAUAAUUAUCAAAUUGAGCUUGCACAACAAAUUGGCUCUGUUUGCAAUAUGGUUUCGACGUCCUUGUCUCGACAGAAUGAACAUCUUCAAUGUGUUGAAAAGAUAUGUCAUUCUUUUCUCGGCAAACAUGAAAAGGCAAUUAUGGACAUGAAGAAAAAAUUGUCUUCAUCCAGGACGUUAUAUGUCUCCCAUAUUGAGGCAUUGCAAAAUGUUGUUCGCUUGCACAAAGCCAACUCAAAUGCCACUUUAGAAGAUAUUACCGUUUUGGCUUCUUCUAGUGCCAGCUCUAUUGAAGAAUUUCUGACAGCAGAGGCUCGUGAAGCAUCUACGACACUGGACAAUCUUCAGAGUACCCUUUCAACUCAUCAGAAAGAAAUGGCUCUGUUUGCAAGGGAAUUGCGACAGAGGUUCCAUGUUACUAUUGAUCAAACGAAGAGUAUUUCUGAAUAUAUUGAAGAAUUCCUCACUAAGCUGACCGAAGAAUCAAAGAGACUGGGAAAUCAUGCAGCAGAGGCUGAAGAGAUCCAGAUGAAAAGCAUUGCAGAAUUCCAAAAAGUUUAUGAGGAGCAAUCAAGAUCUGAUGCGGAGAAACUUAUAGCUGAUAUGACCAAUUUGGUGUCUUGUCACAUUCGUCGUCAAAAAGAACUGGUGGAUGCAAGGCUCACUGGUCUUCAAGAAACUGCCAGUGUAAACAAGACGUUUUUGGAUGGAUAUAUUUUCUCAAUGGAAGGUAUGGCUACAGAUGCAAAGCGCAAAUGGCAGGUGUUUGCUACACAAACUGAGAAUGAGACAAGAGACAGUGCUGACUUUUCUGCUGCUAAACAUUGUCGGAUGGAAGCACUUCUGCAGCAGUGUGUAAGUACUACAGAAUCGGCUCUCAAGCAGUGGAACAGAACACAAGAGUCUUUGAAUGACAUGGGAAGUAAACAUGUUUCAGAUGUGGUCUCAGUUGUGAGAGGUGCUUGUGAUAGUAAUGAGCAACAUGAUGCUGAGAUCACUUCUGAGCGAUCUGCAGCUGAGCAAGACAUGAUGGCGAACAUUGAAGAUACUCUCCAACAAGUUGAUGGCUUUUCUGAACAAGAGCGUGGUUCUAUCUCUGGUAUAUUAGAUACUGUCAAAACUCAUACAGAUACAAUUGAGGCUUUCCGGGAUGGUCACUCUUGCCAAGUUUCUGCCAUUGAAGAAAAGGCGAAAGAUACAUUUCGGCAGCAGUACUCGGACUAUGAGCCAACUGGUAGCACCCCARCACGAUGUGAACCAGACGUUCCGAGCAAGAGUACGAUCGAGUCGCUCCGUGCCAUGCCAAUGGAAGCUCUUGUUGAGGAAUUCCGGGAAAACCAUUCUUGUGAAUCAUUGAGUAAUGGAAAGGAACUGAAACCAUCACUUAUACCGCGAGCACCGCUUUUGGAGCGCAACUGAUCGGCAAUGUGGUAUGGUAGAAGAAUCAAAAUCUGCUGGGAAGUUGAGUAUUUGUAACUGUAUUUCUACUGUAAACUGUUAUUUGUUGUUACUACUAGAAAGAAAAUUUACUACAGGGCUGGAUGAUGCAGAAGAAGAGGGUGGGUGGGGAGGAGGAAAUACACAGUAAAAAAGUGUGGUGGAGGGUUAAGAAUUAAUAAAUCUCGUCUUGAGAUUUACCAAGGAAAUGGGGCUCUGUUAUUGGAAUGAAUGAAUGAAUGUAUAUUAAGGCAAAAUGUCCUCCAUUUAAAUCUUUAUUUUUCAGAAAUACAAGAUUGUUGUAGUUUAGGGGAAGAUUCUUUGAUCAAAAUAGUGUUUUUUUUGCCUA